AUUGCCUUUCCAUUGUUCUUGCGAUAAAAGGGUGUAUCUUUUGUUGUUUUCAGAAUACUCUUCACUGUAUCUGUUCUCACAACUAUGUCCCUUUUCUGAAACUAUAAGCAUAAAAAAUAGUGUAUGGUAGUGGUAUACGUCGAUCAAAGUUAAUUUAGGAGAAGUAAAUCAAAUAUGCAACACUGAGAAACAAAAGAUAGGAUUACACGUAUAACCCCUGGACAGCACAAAAUCUCUCUUUUAUUCGGCUUUCUCUUGUCAUGACAUCACUAUUGCUACCUACUGCAUACCUAGGCGGCUGCAUUGCGGCCAUGAGCAUCUUUUCGCAUGUUUAUCGUAGAGCAAAAAAUGCAAAAGCGAUUGAGCCAUGGUUUCCAACCAAUCAAAAGAAAGAGCAAUACAUUGCACUCCUUAAUACCGAAGAAGAAACGAGCGAACACCAUUUGAAAGCGGCAUUACUGGGUCGUGCCAUGGAAGCGGUUCGACGGCUGUUGGUUGUGCAACAAGAAAAACCAGCGCUGAUUGAACUGAUGCGUUCAGGCCAUAUCGGUGAAGAUAUCUGGCGCGAUUUCCAGACGGCUGAGCAAGAAACCAUGGUGGAGGUACAAGAGGUGCUCGCAGAAGCGAACACCUAUGCCAAGGAUUGGCAAAAGACCAUCUUUUCGACUGCAAGUCAGAUGCUAGAGGCAGAGAAACAGAAAGAGGCGAACAAGGAGGUGCAGCUUAUGCGUGAACGUGAGGAGAAACGAUGGGCCAUGGAGCUUCAAAGUGAACAGUUGGAGGAUAAUGUUUUGAACAGAAAGAGCGAGGAGAAGAUGGUAGCAGAGGAAGAGCAAAAGUAGCAAAGUAGUAGUGAAUAAAAAUUAUAAUGGUGAUUUUUUACAUGUGCA